UUGUCAUUCAUCAUAUGUUUGUUAUCCCUUCUCGGCCACCGUAUUUGGGGAGGGGCUUGUAAUUACCUUAGCUACUCGGGAAGGUUUGCGGAAGUUGAGUAGUGCGGGCUGUCACAAAGAGUAGUUGCUUAGAUGGACCUUCGAUCGGAGAAAAUACAGCGGGUCAUAUCCAAGUACAAAUUCCACGAUGUUGCUCUUGAAGAGUUGGACAAAAUUGAGGAAACCUUCCCUGGGAUGAUCCCAUCUGUAGGCACAUAUACAUUCAACGAUGGCUCCCAGAAAGAGCUCCUGAAAUUGAACGGCAACCUUCCAGUGAAGUAUGAAGGACGGUCGUACAACUUCCCCAUCCAGCUUUGGCUGAUGGACUCCUUCCCAGUCACCCCUCCCAUUUGCCUCCUGAGGCCCACACCAGACAUGAUUAUCAGAGAGGGCAAACACGUGGAUGCCCGAGGGCGUAUCUACCUGCCCGUGUUGCACAACUGGGAUCACCCCAAGUCAUCAGUGGUGAAUCUUCUGGAGGAGAUGAUUUUGAAAUUUCAAGAGGAUCCUCCCCUGUCCUCAACUACUGCAGGACAGAAAGACCCACAGGAGCUCCUGGCAUUUGUCAAUAAUCUCCAGAUCAAUGAUCGUGCGUCACUUAAAUUGUCUUCCACGCUUGCACUAACCUCUUUCCAUUCAACAGCCUCCUUUUUCAUUUCAGGUUCAGUUAGACACCAUGAUCACCCGGUCCACAAAGUCUCUGUUAUCGGAGGAGGGGAUUUAGGAAUGGCCACAGUGAUGUGCAUUUUGGCAAAGUGUAAUGUCAAUAAGCUUGUUUUCAUUGACGUUGCUGAAAGUUCCACCAAGGGGGGCAGCACAGAUCUGGAGAUAUUCAGGCUACCUAAGGUGGAGGUGUCCAAGGAUUUGUCUAGCUCCAAGGGCUCCAGGGUCGUGGUGGUGACCGCAAACGCGUGGAGCAGUGAGCAGUCGUAUGUAGGCGUGGUACAGAGCAAUGUUGAUUUGUACAGAGGGAUCAUUCCAACAUUGGCACAUCUCAACCCAACCGCCAUCAUGCUUAUUGCUUCUCAGCCAGUGGACGUGAUGACCCACAUUGCAUGGAGGCAGAGCGGCCUCCCGCCAACACACGUCAUUGGAGUGGGCUGUAAUUUGGACUCGGAACGUUUCAAUCACAUUCUUGCUGUUACCUUAAACACUCCCAAACAGGCCUGGGUCAUUGGAGAGCUAUCGGACAACAAAGUCCCUGUGAUGAGUAACAAUGACUCAGCGUCCAAAAAGCCGUUGGAAUUCCAUGGAUCAGCUUCCACCAAACCGCUGAUCACCAGAGCCUUUGACAUGAUGAAGACUCGAGGUCAGCGUUCAUGGUCUGUCGGUUUGUCCGUUGCUGACAUCACAACCAGCAUCCUGACAGAUAGAAAGAAAGUCCACUCCAUCACCACUCUUGCCCAGGGGUGGAGUGGCAUAGGAGCGGAGGUGUUCUUCAGUUUGCCGUGUCUCCUGGGGUCGAGCGGUUCCAUGCGCCUGGCUGGUAUGUCACUGGGGAAGGAGGAAGAUGCCAAGCUGAAGGAGAGCAUCAGUUCGCUCACCAACCUCAUGAGUCAGCUGAGAAUUUGAGGGAUGGCAAUUGUACCUGUUUCAAUGGGAGUGGCUGUUGCAGUAGUUGGUGGCAUUCACAGAUUGGACUGACACCCAUCACCUCAUGAUGCUUGAUGCGCAAAUUUGAGUGGAUGGACCUGUCUUUUACCAUCCUGCUUUCUAGUUUUUAACCUGGAUCCUGUAUGUUGACUUUGGGUGGGAAAGAAAUCACAAAUUUGUACAAACUAUAUAUUUAUACUAAACACAUGGAGGUAUUUUGUUACGCACUAAUUUUACAUUUAGCUAUGCAACUACAUUGAAUGCAAGGGGGGAAAAUCUUUGAAAAUGUAUGUAUGCUUAAGAUUAUUAAAGGGUUUGUAAGUAUGUGA